GAAUGACAGUUUUCAUUCGGGUUUGGAAACAUUUUAUGAUUUAUGUCAUAUUUAGAUUUUUCAAUUGUAGUUCUGUAAAAUCUAGAUAUAAUUUUAUGAACUUUUUUGCAUUGUGCCGUGUUACAUUUGCGAUUGGACACAGUCUACACUGAAUAUUGUGUUAUUUUCGGUUUUACAACCUAAUAAAAACUUCAGUCAUUCAAAAUCAGCAUUCUUAUGUCCCAAUAACUAGUGAAACUUUUUGUCCACAGUCCCAAUUCAGUGCCUUGUAUAACUGAAUAAAAAACCAAUUGAUUCAGAAAGAAGAGUUUGUGAUGAGUUAUAAUGUAAACAAGAACCCUUGGGGUAGUAAACCAGGUGGUGGAGGAGCAGGAGGAACCCAAAUACCAAGCUUAAAUCAUGCUGGAAUGGUUCCAUUUCAGCAACAGCCUCCAGUUUUUCAGAACAUGGGUAUGAAUCCCCAAAACUUAGGCAUAAAUUUGCAGCAGAUGGCCACUAACCAAAUGAACUUAGCCACAAAUCCUAUUUUUCAACAGCAACUUCAAGCUGUUAGCUACUCAGGCAACAGAGGAUUAAACCCUACUGCAUUUCAAGGGAAUGUGCCGAGUAAUCCUGGAGGAACAAAACAGAAGGUAUUUACUGGCUCUGUAACCCAAAUCCAUGACAAUUUUGGGUUUAUCGAUGACGAAGUUUUUUUCUCUCGAAAUGUUUGCGUCAAGGGUUCCAACCCAGUGGUCGGCGAUCGAGUUUUGGCUGAGGCAACAUUUAAUACAUCAAUGCCUUUUAAAUGGAAUGCCACCCGCGUACAGGUUUUAGCUGGUGGCAACUCAAGGGACAGGGGUCCUCAAGCCGACCCUGUAAGGCGGAAUGAUUCUCCCCGAGAUUUCGGUAGAGAUAAUAGAGGAAGAGUUGCGGAACGGAGAAAUAGAUCGAGAGAUCGCGAUGAUGACGAAAGUGACAGGAAAAGAAGACGAGAGGAAAAUAGGCCCAGGGAAAGAGAUGACAAGGACCGAAAAUCUCCUCUUAGAAGGAGGUCUCGGUCUCCCAAGGUUCGUAGAAGAAUGCGCCAUGUUCAACGUUACAAUGUGCAAAUUCCCAAAAUGUCAUUAAACUUAGCCCAAGGAGAUCUUUUGGACAUUAAAAAACGGUAUACGAACUUGUAUAUUCCAUCUGACUUUUUCCAUACAAUCAAUAGCUGGGUGGACACAUUUCCAGUAGACAAACCUUUCGCUUUAACCAAACCUUGCUCAUUUCACCUCAUGUAUAAAGAACAUGAUCCUGUUACUGAUAAUGGAGCUAUAUUUGAGCCAGCUGAUGCUGACUAUACCUUUUCUGCAAAGGUUAUGUUAAUGGGUAUCCCAAAUAUAGAGGAUAUCUACCAGAAAUGUUGUUCUUUGGCAAAUGAUAGGGAGAGCCGCGACCGCGAUAGUGAAGAUAGAGACUAUAUUCACCCAACUAGAUUAAUAAACUUUUUAAUCGGUAUGAAAGCAAAAAAUGAGACAAUGGCGAUCGGCGGUCCUUGGAGUCCAUCGUUGGACGGCGCAAACCCUGAAAAAGAUCCAUCGGUGCUCAUUAAAACUGCCAUUAGGACUUGCAAGGCCUUGACGGGGAUUGAUCUGUCCAACUGUACAAAAUGGUACCGCUUCGUGGAGCUGUAUUACCGGCGUGGCGAGUCUACGCACAAGGGCAAAGCAAUACCGGCCAGGGUCGAAACUGUUGUAAUCUUCUUGCCGGACCUGUGGAGCUGUCUGCCUACACGUGUCGAAUGGGAGCAGAUGCAACAAAACUACCGUAAACAGUUGGAAAAAAUCCUGAAAGCUGAUUCUGGCGAAGCCGUCGAUGAUCUGGACGAGGCUGAACCUGUCAGCGAUGAAAAGAAAGAAGAAGAUCCGGUAGAGAUACCUGUGCCGACACAUCACUCUCAAUUAAAUCCGAAGAAUAUGACGGUGCCUGCCUUAAGAGAUGAAUUAAUUGCGAGAAAUAUUGAUUCCAAGGGGCUAAAGAAUCAGCUUGUCGCUAGGCUCACUAAGGCUAUAAAAGCUGAAGCGGAAACCGAAGAAGAAGAAUCUACAAAAGAGGAACCUAAGAAAGAUCCUGAAGGGGUCAAAAAUAAGGAAGUCGAAAAAGAAAAAGAUAAGGAUGAUACUAAUAGCGAGAAGGAUAGAAAAUCUGAGGUAGGAGAUAAGAAAUUGGAUGACGUUCAAAAACGGCGCAUAGAAAAGCAAUAUACUCUACCCGACCAACCCAGUUUGAUUGUUCAUCCUUCAAAAACAGCAAAAUCCGGCAAGUUUGAUUGCGUAUCCAUGUCCUUAUCAUUACUCCUUGACUAUCGUCCUGACGAUGCGAAAGAACACGCGUUUGAGGUUUAUCUUUUUGCCGAACUUUUUAACGAAAUGCUUAUGAGAGACUUCGGCUUCAAUAUUUUCAAAGCUUUAUGUCAAUUGCCCGAUAAACCUAAAGAAGAGGAUCGGAAAAAGAAAGAUGUAGAUGAUAAAAAAGAAAAGAAAGAAGGAGAAAAGGAUGAAAAUGUUAAGGCAGAAACAAGCUCUGAAUCUAAAAAGGACGACAAGGACAAAGAUGGCAAAGAAAGAGAAAAUGAUAAAAAGAAAGAUAGGGAAAUCAGAAGAAGCGACAAAAAAUCUGAUUCUAGUGAUGACGAAGAUGACGAUAGUCGGAGUCGUCGAAAGAGGAGGGAACGUGUCAAGCUUGUUACCAAAGAUAAGCAUUUGUUGCUGUCGUUUGUUUACUUUGAUCAGAGUUACAGUGGUUACAUCUUUGAACAGGAUCUCGAGGAACUGCUAUACUGUUUGGGCUUAGAAUUGUCAAGAUCGCAAGUAAAGAAAUUAUUGUCAAAAGCACUUACCAGGGACUCCUUACAUUAUCGCCAAUUAACCGACAAGCCUAAAGAUGAAGACAAUGACAAAGAAAAAAUUGAUGGCUCCGAAGAAAUCGCUGAAACGCAAGCGGAUAUUCAGGAAAUUAUCAAAGGAAAUAAGUCGUUGUUACCGGUAUUCCAAUAUGGACAAAAACCUUCUGCUAACGGAGUGGCAAAAUCAGAUUCUUCAAAUUCGAAUGAUGGUCUCGUUUUGUUCCAAGGAGCUGUGGUUGACAUAGGCAAAUUACUAUCUCAACUAGACAGAAGUGAAAAAGCCAGAAUCGAGACUGAAAGGUGCCUUGACGAAAUAAAAAGCGAAAGCCAGAAAUUAUCUGAUAAGUAUUCUAAGUCUAGCUCCAUUAUAAAACAUCUGAAUUCGGAAGUAAAGGAAUAUAAAGAGAAAUUGAGAAAUACUGAGGAUGCUUUGGGAAGAUCUAAUGCUCACUCGAAAUUAUUCCAAACGACGUUAAUGGACAUUCGUGACAAAAUUGAACCGGUUUUAAAAACUGCAUCCCACAAAGAGGACAAGAAAGACAGAGACAGGGAUGGUGAUAAGAAGAAAGAAAGAGACGAUGGUAAAUCUAGAUGGGAAAAAGAACGAGACUCCUCCCGCAAAGAGGAUAAGGAUAAAAAAGAGGAAGUAAAAAAGGAACCGAAAGAUAAAGACGUUAAAACCGAUGUAAAGAAAGAGGAGACUGGGGUAAAAGUCGAAGAAAAUGACGUUGAAAUGAAUGAGGAAUCUAAGUAAUAGAUUCGAUGGUAUAUUAAGUUAGAGGGUUAAGAAAAUUUCACAUUGUGUUAAAAUUUUGAUUUAGUUUAAAAUCAUAUUCGAAUUUUUUAGACAUGUAUGGUUUGCAUUAUUACAGUUACAGAUAUUCUUCUAUUCUGUUUAAUCUGUACAGAAAUAAAGUCUCGCUUAAGA